ACAGCAACAACAACACAUUCAAAUACAAAACCUCAAAAACUCAAAAACACAUUCUUAUAAUCUGCAAAUCCCACUCUCUUGCAACCUGCAUCCAUUCCAAUUUGGAUGCUCUUAUUGUUUGCUUGAAUUAUAACUCUUUCUUACUAGCUUUGUUCCUUGUUGAUGAUGAAGAUGUCAUCUUCUUCUAAUUUUAGUGUGAUCAAGAGCUUGAAGGUGGUGGUGGAGGAGGAGGUGGAGGUGGCUGCGCCACCAACGCCGCCGCCGCUCCCGCCGACGAAGAAGAGCGUCGGCGGUGGCGGGAAGCAAGGGAUAAUCGCCAUUCUUGGAUCGGAUUCUGAGAGGGGUACUAAAGCGGGUUCCAUUAGAAGAACUCUCUCGGCUGAUAUGUCAUCCAAGAAAUGGCUUUCCCAGAAUGGGUUUGCUUAUUCUCCUCCGGCCAUUAAGAAAACCGCUUCUUCCGACGAGCUCGCGGCGGCGCCGACGGCUCCGGCGGCGGAGGAGGAGGAGGAUGAGGAAGAUGAAAUUAAACGGAGAUCAUUGGAUGUUUGGAGCUCGAUUCUACAGUCCCGCAAAACAGUGGAUUCCUCGUCUCAGUUCCCUCCGCCGUAUAUCCACCCUCAGGUUAACAAAUCGGCGAAUUCUCUCACCGGAAAAAGCCUCGAAAUUUGCACGGAGAGUCUCGGCUCUGAGACCGGCUCCGAUUGCUUCUCCUCCUACCCUAAUUCCGAGUCCGGCGACUCCGCCGACGAGGAAAAAGACGAGCACCAAUCCCCGCCACAACACGAGCUAAUUUUCCCGCCAUUUCCGGAAGAAUUCCGAGCUGUGAAGCACAGUUACGGCAAGAAAUCGCCGCCACGAUCCUUCCCGCCGCCGCUUCCCUCUCUGGUAAGAGGCGACGAUAAGCCUUCCGUUCGCAUGCACUCCCGCCGCCAGCACGGCCGGCUGAUCCUCGAAGCGGUUUCCGUCCCGGCGCAAAACCGCUUCCGCGCCGAGCGACAAGACGGGCGGCUAAUCCUCACCUUUGUAAACAAUGAAGAAACAGAGGGCUGGGAUGAUGCAGACGAGGUGCUCGACGAAAUGUCGGACAGAGAAGAUAACAAUCCCACCAUUGAGGAAGAGGAAGAAGAAGAAGAAGAAGAAGAGGAAAAGGAAAUGGAAAUCAUGAUCGGAAAAAACUCAAAAUUACUCAUAAAUCUCAACACCUUCAUGGCUCUAAACAACAACAAAAACAACCUCAACAGGCCAGCAUUAAUAGAGGAUUUUGAAGAUGAUCAAACAACACCACUCCCACACUCCCUAGCGCCGCCGCAGCACCGCCUAUUCCCGGAGGCGCCGCCCACCGCCGCCCCCUUCAACCCCUACGAUUUCUUCUGGAAAAAGAAGCCAACCACCAUAGCCACCUUAGUCCACAUUCCCACCAUCACAGAUCAACAAUACCGCAACAAAAUUGUCACAAAAUGCCCAAAAACAUCAGCCUGUGAAGGGAAAGAUCACAGCUUGGUAUUGAUCACAGGAAAAUACCCCUCAAACAACAAUAACCUCAUUCUUCCCAUCAAGAACAGGGGCUGCAAAGAACCUAGGAUGUCUCUUCUCUUCUGGGAUUCUAAUUACUGCAUUGCAACAUCCUAAACAACACUCAACAAUCCCAUUAAUAUAAUCCACCACUAAUAUUAGUCAAUUUCCAAUCCAAUAUAUAUUAUAAGUAUAUAUAUGUAUGUAUUUUCCUCCCUGUGGGGAACAGUAGUUUUUCCUCUUGAUAAAAGAGUCUGGGUAGGCAAAUAAACCCAGGGAGAGAAUGAUUUCAGGGAAGAAGAAGAAGAAGAGAUCUUAUAUUAAGGUCAAAUAUGCACUUGAUGAUAAGAAAUUUUCUUGAUUUUAUGAUUUUGAAAGUGAUGAUUAUGUAAGUAGGUAGGCAGACCAAAUCCCAUGCAUGAUGAGGCAGCUUGACUAGCUAGGUGAAGGAUGAUGUACUUCUUGUCUCAGCAUUACAAUGGGAAUGCAUGCUCAACUUUAUGUCUC